AUGACCGCUCCAGUACCUCCACCCGGUGAAGCUAGUGUCACUGGCGAACCAACACGCCGAGUAACGAUCGGUAUUCUGGCGCUGCAGGGUGCGUUUGCCGAGCACUCUUCGUUGCUGUCCAAGCUCGGUGCUGACGUUCGAGAGGUGCGGCUGCCGCAUGAGUUCGAGGGACUGGAUGGGAUCGUCCUUCCAGGCGGCGAGAGCACCGCCAUGGCACUUAUCGGCGAGAGGUGGGGGGUGUUCCCGCGGCUGAAGCAGUGGGUGUCGGAGGGACGCCCGGUGUGGGGAACUUGCGCCGGCAUGAUUCUCCUGUCCGACCACGCCCUCAUGCAGAAGAAGGGGGGGCAAUCCCUCGUGGGGGGGCUCAAUGUGGAGAUUUGUAGAAACUACUUCGGCGCGCAGACGUCCAGCUUCGAGGUGCCACUCGACACGUCGGCGCUCGAAACCGGGUCCGUCGGUAAAAAGGAUGGGGGUUCGGCAAACAAGAACCCGUACCCCGCCGUGUUCAUUCGCGCGCCGGCGGUUCUAGAGGCCGGUCCCGGCGUCGAUGUCCUCUGCAAGGUGCGAUCCAGGCCGUGCAACAAAGCUGUCACCGUCAUGAAGGCACAGCUAAAACAAGAAGAAGCAGACGACCGCGACGAUGACACCCGCAGAGCGAAACGCAGAAGACUAGCCGCGUUUUUCGUCGAGCCUAAUCCGUCGACGGCGGCUGUUGCGGGGGAGGGUGGUGGCGGGGGCAGCGGCGCCAGCAGCGGAGAGAAAGAAGCUCCCGAGGUGAUCGUCGCUAUCCGCAAGGGCAACAUCGUGGGCACCGCGUUUCACCCCGAACUCACGAACGACUCCCGCUGGCACGAGUACUUCGUGAGGAUAGUCAAGGAGGCGGUAAGCUCCGGCACCGGGGGGGUCCGCGAUGCGGAAUCUCCCGCGAAAACGCUUGGUGCCGCUGCCGCAGCUGAGGCCGAGGUUGCCGUGGCAUAGACGCGGUGCGAGCUUCGACUCGAAGAUUUUGGGCUGGUCAGGGAUGUUCCACGAGCCCAUCCCACUUUCCACACACCGCUGUCCGAUGUUGAUGUUUUUGGUAUCCCCCAUUUUUGAAUCCUGGGAAAGGUCGUCACGGGGAGGUCGUUUUGGUUCCGUGGUGUGAUUGUGUUGGCUACAUCGCUGUUUUUGCCUAUGCACUGACUUGUUGUCUUUUCCCCGGCGGCUGUCCUCCAUCGGCGACCGAGCAGAAUUUUUUGAGACGACGUUCGUUUCACGCAUGUGUGGGUGUGCGUCAUUCUUGGAGCGUUUUAGGUCUGAGUAUGUAUUGUAGGCGUUUUUGGAAAGAGGCACGACGGGGAGAGGCCCGUAGCUUAGCUUUGUGUCGGUAAUGGUGUUGCGGGAUUUCGCGUGGUGUCCGGUUUUUGUAGUGUUCACGCCGGGAACCAAAUGCCGCAGCGCCGCUGUUGCUGCUGCUUGUACAUACAAAUGACUGCUGGCCGGUUUUUUGCACGCCGACCACGCCUCUUGAUAAUUGCAAAGACCGCGGAAGGAGUUUAGUGAUGAGAGUUGACUUGUUCGAGGAAGUUGAC